ACGUCAAGUAGAAAAUAACAUAAUAAUAGAAAAUAAGUGCAUAAUCCACUUGUCCUAGCUGGAAAGCCAUAGGCGAUCAUACUGCCACGUGGAGAUCGUGGGUAAUUAAAUGAUCACUCCUACUGGGACGACGACAUCAGAUUCAGACGCACCUUAACGGUCGCCUUACCUUGCUUCGCAGUUCAUAGGCUAGGGUCAAAGACGCCAUUUUACCCACAAUCUUAUUCCCACUUCCAACACAAGCCUAAGCUAAGCUCACUCCUCAAACUGACAGCUCAUCUACUAAACAGGCAGAACUCUCUCUCUCUCUCUCUCUCUCUCUCUGACUCUCACCAUUCUUUUCUUUUCUCGCCCUCUCUCACUGUUACUGCUUACUUCCCACAGAGGGAAACACUUUCUUCCUUUCCCCUUUCUAUCUCUUAUACUUUAAUAUUCCAUUGAUUCCUCUCUUUACACACUCCUCUGAUUCUCUCCUCUCCUUCUUCGGUCUGUAUAUAAUAUAUAUUUUUCGCCGGAAUUCUUUUUCCGGCGAGCCAAUGCAGAGAAAUUUACUCUUGUACUUCUGAAUCUUGCGACCAUUGAUUUCCUUCUCUUUCUUUCCCCGUGAAACGGAGGGAAGGUAAAGAAGAUUGGAAGAUAUGUCGUUAUACGACGCCGCGUUUCUGAAUACAGAGCUAUCGAAGCCGACCUCAAUCUUCGGCCUCCGCCUCUGGGUGGUGAUUGGAAUCCUGCUGGGAUCUCUCAUAGUCCUCGCUCUAUUCCUCCUCUCCCUCUGCCUAACCUAUCGUCGCAAGAAUCUCAAAACGUCGAAGCGUGCUGAUACUACGCCUCCCAUCUCCAAGGAAAUCCAGGAAAUCGUGCAUUUCCCCGCAGAGAAUCACCACCACCCAGUUCAAGUCCCAGAGAUUCAAGUCGAGAUCGGUAAGAUCGAGCAUCGUGUGGUGUUCUCAGACAGACCCUCGAGUGGGGAGAGUAGAGGUACUGCGAGUGGGUGCGAGACAGCGUCGUUUGGCAGUGGGAGUGUGGGGCCGGAGGUCUCUCAUCUCGGGUGGGGCCGCUGGUAUACUUUGAGGGAGCUGGAAGCUGCAACUAAUGGGCUUUGUGGAGAGAAUGUGAUUGGUGAAGGUGGAUAUGGGAUUGUGUACCGUGGGGUUCUGAGUGAUGGUACUAAGGUUGCUGUGAAGAACUUGUUGAAUAACAGGGGUCAAGCUGAGAAGGAAUUCAAAGUGGAGGUGGAAACAAUUGGACGAGUACGGCACAAGAAUCUUGUUAGGUUGCUUGGAUACUGUGUUGAGGGCGCGUAUAGGAUGCUUGUGUAUGAGUAUGUUGACAAUGGUAAUCUUGACCAAUGGCUUCAUGGUGAUGUCGGGGAAGUCAGCCCUCUAACAUGGGAUAUUCGUAUGAACAUUAUAUUGGGAACAGCAAAGGGAUUAGCCUACCUUCAUGAGGGUCUUGAACCAAAAGUUGUCCAUCGCGAUAUAAAAUCCAGCAACAUACUACUUGAUCGCCAAUGGAAUGCUAAGGUUUCUGAUUUUGGGCUUGCUAAGCUCUUAUGUUCUGAGAGGAGUUAUGUGACAACAAGGGUGAUGGGAACAUUUGGUUAUGUUGCACCAGAGUAUGCUUGCACAGGAAUGCUGAAUGAGAAGAGUGAUGUGUAUAGCUUUGGUAUACUUAUCAUGGAGUUAAUUUCUGGGAGAAGCCCUGUUGAUUAUGGUCGACCACAAGGAGAGGUGAAUUUGGUGGAUUGGUUAAAAGCCAUGGUUGGAAACAGAAAAUCUGAGGAAAUAGUUGAUCCGAAGUUGCCUGAGAUGCCUGCUUCCAAAGCACUAAAACGUGUUCUCCUGGUUGCUCUUCGAUGUGUUGAUCCUGAUGCAACAAAGCGACCCAAAAUGGGGCAUGUAAUCCACAUGCUUGAGGCAGAUGACUUGCUAUUUCGUGAUGAACGACGAAUUGGGAGAGAAAAAGAAUCUUCCCAUUCACGCUCUUAUGGACAAGGAAAUCAUACUGUUGCAAAAUUAGGCGAUAAACAAAUGGGUGAAGGUACUUCAGAUGCAAGUGAAGAUGAUAGUAUUAGGAAUCUUCAUGAACAAAAUAGGUGGAGAUAACGUCACUGGAGGACUAGGUGAUCAACUAAUUUAAAUCUCCCAAAGUUAUUGAACUUCCUUUUUUUUCCUUCCCCCACUUUUUUCCUUUUUUUUUUUUUUCAAUUUUCUCAUGUAGGUAUUAUACUGUGUUUGUUGUACCUUCAAUUUGAAGAAAACAAUAAUCCUGCAUUUGUUCUGUGCUUAGCUUUCCAUAUCUUUUCAGAUAUGUCUUACUUAAGUUGGAUAUAAUUGUAUAAUUGAAAGAAUUCAUUCAUUAUUCUUAUAGAAACCAUACUCAGUUACAUUUUCCUUUUUCA